AUGGCGCAUAUUCCCAGUCCAAUAAGCCAAGUACCUCCGCUUUCAACACCAGAAGUGGAUCAACUGCGUUUGGAAAGACUGCAAAUUGAUGAACAGCUUCGGCAGAUUGGAGCCACGUCUCGACCUCCGCCCAAUCGCACGGAUAAAGAAAAGGGCUACAUGUCGACUGAUGACGGCCCAGGGCUUGGGCGAGGGAGCCGGCCCUACAGAAACAGGGGCCACAGCAGGCGCGGUCCAGGCUAUGCUUCAGGAACUAACUCUGAAGCAUCAAAUGCUUCUGAAACAGAGUCUGACCACCGAGACGAACUUAGCGACUGGUCGUUAGCCCCAGCAGAAGAAGAACGGGACAACUACCUUCGCCGAGGAGAUGGCCGGAGACGUGGCGGAGGGGCGCGUGGCCAAGGCGGCCGAGGCCGAGGGGGCUUCAAAGGUCAGUUGCUUGACCACAUCAGAGGAACCAACAAACUUAAGAGUCCUAUCUAAGUCCUCUACAGUGGAUAGAUUUGAAACUGAGGGACAGACAUUUUCCUCAGAUGUCCUUUAAAAAUGGCAAGACCAAAACCAUAUGCCUCAUUUAUUUAUUUAUCAUGUCAGAAUCGCUUCUGACAUGAUAAAUUGAGGGUAACAGAGUUAAAAACUUGGCAUGAUACUAAAUGUCCUUUGACAUUUCAAGUGCCUCUGGUGUGGCUGUAAGAUGGUCCUCCAUUGUAGCAGGGGCCAGACUGCAUUGUAAUAAGUGGUCUGUGGUUUGCUCUUCUCCACACUCACAUGCCGUGGACUCCACUUUGUAGACACAUUUCUUAAGGUUGGCUCUGCAUCUUGUGGUACCAGAGCGUAGUCUGUUCAGCGCCUUCCAAGUCACCAGUCUUCUCUGUCCCCAGGAGGGUGUUUAUCAUCUGGUCUCAGCCACGGAUUGAGGUUCCAUCUGUAUACUCUACAGAUGGGAUUUCUAAUCCCAUAUAGCAUCUAUAAAAUCUUAUAAAACUACAUCUUUUUCAGUGUAAUGUUGGCUAAGCAAUAUAAUUUUUCCAGUGGUGUGGGGUGUAGACAUCCUGCUAUAAUACUUUUUAAAAAAAAUACAUAUCGUACACACACAAAACAUUUACAAUUCCCACUACCAACACGAGGAUUGUUUUCUUUUACAUAUUCAUUUCUUUUUGAGACAAUCUUUAUAUCUUUAUCUUUAUACAUUUCCAUCCUAUAUACUAUAUAACAUUUGUAUCUUAUUUCUUAUGGCAUGAUCUCCGGAUUGAUUCAAAAUAUAGUUCUUUACCCUUGUCCAUCUUUCUUCCAUUUCUCUCAUUCUAUUUUGAUUGUUUUUUAAAUCAUUUAAUUUCACCUUCAAAAUUUUGAAUUCAAUUUGCUCCACCAUAUAUUGGUACCAUUUAUUAACUGUCCAUUUUGAUUUAUUUUUCCACCCUUAUACUAUUACUGCUUGUGCACAUUCAAUUAUUGCUUCUUUUAUUUCCCUUUUAUUUCCCAUUUCCUCUUUUUUAAUACCGCUAUUUCCUUUGUUAUGACCUACUCAUUUCCUAGUAUUUGAUUUGACUCAUUUUUUAUAGUCUGCCAAAAA